GUACAAGUAGACUCCGCCCACUUUGUGACGCCAUCACGCAUGCGUUCUCACGUCGGUCGUCCUAGCAAGCAGCUAGCUCUGUAGGUUUCCUGACUUCGAGAGGGCAGUUAGACAAGAAGACCACCAUGGUGCUGAACCCUGUCAUUUCCAAGCUCACCGGCAAACUUGUCGUGCUGGCAAGUGCUUCUCCUAGGAGACUGGAGAUUCUGCGCAACGCGGGCUUAAGGUUUGAGGUGGUGCCAUCCUGGUUCAAAGAAACUCUUGACAAGGGACUUUUCAAAGCACCUCAUGAGUAUGCUGUUGAGACAGCCAAACAGAAGGCCCUGGAGGUGGCCAGAAGGAUGCCCUUUAACCACCUGAAGACUCCAGACAUAGUAAUCGGAGCAGACACUAUUGUGACUGUGGAUGGCAUGAUUCUGGAGAAGCCAGUGGACAAACAUGAUGCUUACAGGAUGCUGUCCAGCUUGAGUGGUAAAGAGCACAGUGUUUUCACUGGUGUUGCUAUAGUCCUCUGCCACGAGAAAGACAAUGACGAAGUAGAUUACCAGUUGAUUGACUUCUACGAAGAAACAAAGGUGAAGUUUGCUGAUCUGUCAGAAAGUAUGCUGUGGGAGUACAUCAAUAGCGGUGAACCCAUGGACAAGGCUGGAGGUUACGGUAUUCAGGCUCUUGGCGGCAUGCUUGUCGAGUAUGUCCAUGGUGACUUCCUCAAUGUUGUGGGUUUCCCUCUUAACCACUUCUGCAAACAACUGGACCUUAUUUACAACCGCUGCACUUCCUCCUCGAAUCAGGAAACUCUGUCCAUCUACCUAAGCCACAACGUCACUCAGACCUCCACGAUACCCACUCUACCCCUGCCCAGCUUGUCGGCUGAGUCCAGCCACAGUUCCAGCUCUUCAGCUAAGCGCAGUGUCUCAUCCAGUCCCACACUGAAAAGCCCGCCUGCCAGUCAAACAAACCACACCCAGAACAGCCUCUCAGGAAGCCCCAUCCGUGAGGUAAAAAGAAAUGGCAAUGAAAGUGAAGUCGGUGAAAGCUCCUGGAUGUUGGUCAACAGUCUGUCUAAACAUACAGAUGAUAGAGAGGCUGAGAAUACAACACGACUGCCGAUGACCAGCAGACAGCUGGCGACUGAGCUCAAUGUGACAGAGCAUGAGAACUGCGAGCCAAAUAAAGAGGACUUGGAACGAAUCAUGGAAGUGAUGGAUGGAUUCAAAGCCUCAAAGGCCCUAUUUACUGCUUCUAAGAUGGGUGUGUUUGACCUGCUACAAAGCAGACCAGGACUGGAUGCAGCACAGGUGGCCCAGGAGAUCAAAGCCUCUGUGAAGGGCACUGAAUGCCUACUGGAAGCCUGUGUGUCUCUGGGACUGCUGAAGAGCGAAGAGAGAACAUGCCAGAAGCCAGUGUAUGAGAAUGCAGGUCUGGCCAUGCGCUUUCUGCUGUCAGAUACUCCUUUCUCACUGCAGGGCUACAUCCAGCAUUGUGACAACACAGUGUGGCCUCUUUUCUCCCACCUUGAGAGUGCAGUGCGGGAAGGAACCAACCAGCACGAGAAGGCUCUUGGCAAGAAAUCUAAGGAUAUGUUUCAGGAUACCUUCUACAACAAUCAAGAGGUCAAGCUGAGAUUCAUGAAUGCCAUGCACAGCAUUGCUAAAGUCACAGGAAAAGCUAUAGCAACGGCCUUUGACCUCUCCAAUUUUAAAACAGCGUGUGACAUUGGAGGAUGCACUGGUGCCAUGGCUUUUGAGUUUACCAAAGCCCAUCCUGAGCUAUCUGUGACAGUGUUUGACUUGCCGACUGUCGUUGAGAUGAGCGAACAUUUCCAUCCUCUGCACACAGAUAACAGGGUGUCGUUUGUAGCAGGAGACUUCUUUAAAGAUGAGCUGCCCAAAGCAGACUUGUACAUCCUGGCAAGAAUUCUGCAUGACUGGUCUGAUGAGAAAGUGCACAUACUGCUGAAUAAAGUUGCAGAUGUGUGCACACCAGGAUGUGCAGUGCUCAUAGCAGAGACCAUGUUGGACGAACGGACACCAUACUCUGCUCUGCAGUCUUUGAACAUGCUUGUCCAGACUGAGGGGACAGAGAGGACGCAGAGCCAGUAUGCAGACUUACUGAGCAAACAUGGAUUUGUGGACAUGGGUGUGGUUCACACUGCAAACUUCCUUGAUGCCUUUAUUGCCAUUAAAAUGUGAAUCAUGAAGAAUCUUCAUGUUUUUCAUUUGUUUGAUGAUAACAGAUGCUGUUCAGUUUUUGGUCUUUUGAUCAGUGGUGGAAGAAAUAAUGACAUUCUUUAUUUAAAGUAAAGGUGGUAAUACAACAGUAGAUAAUGACAUGUUAUCAGGAAAAUGUGAUGAAGCAACAAAAUUAAAAGUGCUCGUAAU